AUGCAUGAAAUCAUCACUCUUCAGCUUGGAAGCAAGAGCAACUAUCUAGCUACCCAUUUCUGGAACGCGCAGGAAUCAUAUUUCACAUACUCUGAUGACGAGGAACCCCUGGUCAACCCAGACAUCCACUUUCGGCCAGGCCUUGGUUCGGAUGGCUCGGAGACGUUCACGCCUCGAACCAUAAUAUAUGACCUGAAGGGUGGCUUUGGCACUCUUCGUAAAUUCAACGAGUUAUAUGACAUCCCGGGUGACACUCAUACUGCUCCGGGCCUUUGGGAUGGAAACACUGCACGACAUCAUGAACAACCCAUUGCACCGUCUGAGUAUCAAAGAAACUUAGACCAGGGUCUCCCGACCACUCAACUCCACGCCUCGGACGUGAGGUAUUGGUCCGAUUUCAACCGUGUCUUCUAUCAUCCCAGGUCCAUUGUCCAACUCCAUGAGUACGAGGUAAACUCGCAACUUAUGCCCUUUGAAAACUGGUCUGCAGGUGAGGACUUGUUCGAAAGCCUGGACAAGGAAGUCGAUCUACUCGAUCGUGAUGUCAGACCAUUCGUAGAAGAGUGCGACCAAAUGCAAGGUUUUCAGUUCUUCAGCAGCGCGGAUGACGCAUGGGCAGGCUUUGCAGCGAAGUAUGUGGACAGUGUAAGGGAUGAGUAUGGGAAGACAAGUAUCUGGGUCUGGGGCAUUGAGGACGGUUCCAGGACGACCAGGGAAAAGCUGUCAAUACGAGCGUGCAAUGCCUCACGGACUCUCCAUUCAAUUGGUCAGCAAGCAUCUGCAUACGUUCGACUUGCUGCUCCUCCGUCGAUUCUUCCUCGAUAUGUGAAUAUCGACAGUGGCUCCACUUGGAUGAGCACGGCCCUCCUCUGUGCAGGCAUUGAAUCUGUCACACUCCCGACCAGGCUCCAUGCCGAAGCAGGGAAAAGAAGCUCGUUGAGCCUAUUGGAGGACACUUUGAAUACUAACGGUGUACAAAAUGUGUUUGAGCUUCAUGCAAGCGUCACCAGCUCCAAGAUUGGAGCAAGCCACUCCUCCAACGGAACUGCGACGGGCCACGGGAAUGGAUAUGGAGAGAAUCAAAAAACUGAUUUGCCGGAGCCAUCACAUUUUGACCUGGACUACAGCCCAAGUCUCAGCAGUCCGUCGGCCGCGAGGUCCAGUCAUGUUUUUGCUCAGGUGGAAUGUGAGCGUGACCACCUCGAGUCGGACCCCCGGCCGUUGACCCUGACUCCAGAAGAGCGACUUCGAAGGAGAAUAAACGAGGAGAGCGUGGUAGAGAUAUUUCAAACCAGCCUACAAUUUCCUCUGCUGGACACGUUCCCAGACACACUCUUCGAGACUAGUCGAAGACCGCGCGGGCUGGACAUGUCGGCAGCCUUAGAAUGCAACUCGAGAAUGAAGAGUCGGAUUCUGGAUCUCAGGAACGCGACUUCUCGCCUAAUGCCACUGGAAGAACGAGAAGUGCAUUACAACGACCUCACGCAGAUGGCCCAGAAUUACGACAUUGGAUGGGAUUCGGGAUCAGAUUCUGGAAUCGACGAUGAGUGA